AGUAACCACUGUCCCUCCUCCUCCGCAGGAAUGAACGCCGCUGUCCGAGCUGUCGUGCGCAUGGGAAUCUACGUGGGGGCCAAGGUGUACUUUAUCUAUGAGGGCUACCAGGGCAUGGUGGACGGCGGCAGCAACAUCGUCGAGGCGGACUGGGAGAGCGUUUCCAGCAUCCUGCAAGUGGGAGGGACCAUUAUCGGUAGCGCCCGGUGCAAGGACUUUCGUUCCUGGGAAGGCCGCUUGAAGGCUGCUUAUAACUUGAUCCAGCUGGGCAUCACCAACCUGUGUGUGAUCGGUGGGGACGGCAGUCUCACCGGCGCCAACAUCUUCCGGAAAGAGUGGAGCGGGCUGCUGGAGCAGCUGGCCCAGGAUGGCAAGAUCGACAAGGAGGAGGUGCAGAAGCACUCCUACCUCAACGUGGUGGGGAUGGUGGGCUCCAUCGACAACGACUUCUGCGGCACGGACAUGACCAUCGGCACAGACUCAGCCCUGCACAGGAUCAUCGAGGUCGUGGACGCCAUCAUGACGACUGCACAGAGCCACCAGCGGACCUUCGUUCUGGAGGUGAUGGGGAGACACUGCGGGUACCUGGCCCUGGUGAGCGCCUUGGCCUGCGGGGCCGACUGGGUGUUCCUUCCGGAGUCUCCACCAGAAGAAGGCUGGCAGGAGAGCAUGUGCGUCAAGCUGUCGGAGAACCGCGCCCGGAAAAAAAGGCUGAACAUCAUCAUUGUGGCGGAAGGAGCCAUCGAUACCCAGAAUAAACCCAUCACCUCUGAGCAAAUCAAGGAGCUCGUGGUCACGCAGCUGGGUUACGACACGCGAGUGACCAUCCUGGGACAUGUGCAAAGAGGCGGGACGCCGUCAGCCUUUGACAGGAUUCUGGCAAGCCGCAUGGGGGUGGAGGCUGUGGUCGCCCUCCUGCAGGCCACCCCCGAGACCCCAGCCUGCGUGGUGUCGCUGAGCGGGAACCAGGCGGUGCGGCUGCCGCUGAUGGAGUGCGUGCAGAUGACCCAAGAUGUACAAAAGGCGAUGGAUGAGAGGAGAUUUAAGGAUGCUGUGAAACUCCGAGGAAGGAACUUCGAGAGCAACCUGAACACUUACAAGCGGCUUGCCAUCAAGCUGCCUGACUCCCAGAUCCCAAAGAGCAACUGCAACGUGGCUGUCGUGAACGUGGGCGCGCCCGCUGCCGGCAUGAACGCGGCCGUGCGCGCGGCCGUGCGCGUGGGCAUCGCCGACGGACACAGGAUGUUCGCCGUGUACGACGGCUUCGAGGGCUUCGCCAGAGGCCAGAUAAGAGAAAUCGGCUGGUCAGAUGUCGGAGGCUGGACCGGCCAAGGAGGCUCCAUCCUGGGGACAAAACGCACCCUUCCCGGGAAGUUCUUGCAGGACAUCGCGGCCCAGAUGCGCGCUCACGGCAUCAACGCGCUCCUGGUCAUCGGGGGCUUUGAGGCCUACCUGGGACUGUUGGAGCUGUCCGCCGCCCGGGAGAGGCACGAGGAGUUCUGUGUCCCCAUGGUCAUGGUUCCCGCCACCGUGUCCAACAACGUCCCGGGGUCCGACUUCAGCAUCGGGGCCGACACCGCCCUCAACACCAUCACCGACGCUUUCCAGGGUUCGCUGGUGAUGGCAGACACGCGGGGCAGCCACCCCGAGUUUCGCGUCCCCAUUUGUGUUGUCCCUGCCACCACUGAUAACAACAUCCCAGGCACAGACCUGAGCGUGGGCUGUGACACUGGCCUGAAUGUGAUCGUGGAGACGUGCGACCGCAUCAAGCAGUCGGCCAGCGGGACGAAACGCCGUGUCUUCAUCAUAGAGACCAUGGGCGGCUACUGCGGCUACCUGGCCAACAUGGGGGGCCUGGCCGCCGGGGCCGAUGCCGCCUACAUCUUCGAGGAGCCCUUCGAUAUCCGGGACCUGCAGUCCAACGUGGAGCACCUGACGGAGAAGAUGAAGACCACCAUCCAGAGGGGUCUCGUGCUCAGGAACGAGAGCUGCAGCGUGAACUACACGACCGACUUUAUCUACCAGCUUUACUCUGAGGAGGGCCGGGGCGUGUUCGACUGCAGGAAGAACGUGCUGGGCCACAUGCAGCAGGGUGGAGCACCUUCGCCGUUUGACAGAAACUUCGGGACCAAACUUUCUGCCAGAGCCAUGCAGUGGGUCACCGCGAAGCUGAAGGAGCCGCAGGGGGCAGGAAAAAGGUUUGUAGCGGAUGAUUCCGUGUGUGUGCUGGGAAUAAGCAAAAGGAACCUUGUGUUCCAGCCCGUGGCAGAGCUGAAGAAGGAGACGGACUUCGAGCACAGGAUCCCCAAGGAGCAGUGGUGGCUGAAGCUCCGGCCCCUCAUGAAGAUCCUGGCCAAGUACAAGGCCAGCCUCGAGCUGUCAGACACCGGGCAGCUGGAGCACCUGCAGCACCGGGGCCCCGAGGAGCUGGCCGCCAUCUAGACCCGCCUUCCUGCUUUGUAACGUCUAAGUUAUUUAUCAGCACUUUGAGGCUCGCGCGGUUAACCCUGCUCACAGAGCCCGUCUGCGGGUCCAGCACGAGGCGUCCACUGUCUCAGCCUGUCUCCUGCUUCAGCACCUGCGUGUCCCACAGAUUAAACGUCUGCCAAACUCCCA